GUCUGAGCAUCUGGGUAACACUAAGCCUUCAUUUUGGGCCCGAUAAUAGCCUCCAAAUCUUUUGCAUGACACGCGGGUUCUAGCUCUGGUAUAACUUUGAGAAACCCCACGCCAUCUUCAUAUUACCAUUUAGCUAUAUAUGCAAUUAGCCCACCUGUGCACCAAACUAGUACAAUCUAACUCUACCACGGCUUCUUCACUCUCAUCUAGCAUCUUUCAGAUAAAAAUAUCAGGCAAAAACAAUCAUCAUGUUCCGAACAAUCGACAACGUCACGACUGGCAAAAAUCCAGAAGAGCGAGUGCAGAAACUCGAAACACAGGUUAUAGAUCUCAAGAAGACGGUAGCUGGUCUGGAGAAGCGUUUAGAAGAAAUGGAGAAAUCAGACUCUAAGAAGACUAUGGAGGAGUUGACCAAGCGUAUGGAUGAACUUGAGAGCUGGCCGGGUACUAGCGACGAUGCUCUUAUGAAGUUCCUUCAAGAUUCAAGUAACGAUGCGGAGGGAGAACCUUCAAAAGAGGGACCAUCUAAGCCGGAAGAAGAUGCUGAGCCAUCGACGGAAGACUAAUUAGUUUCUUCAUUUGCUCCAGAAGCUGAAGGAUGGUUUGGAGGUAUAUGCCGGGUUGGACUCUUUUCACCUCGCAUAUUCCCUCGAUUUAUGGAAGAUAAUAGCUUUUAUGUUCAUUCUGAAUUACCAUCGGACUAUUCGAGAAUUUAUUUGGAUAAAUUUAUGCCAGCGCCAAUCUGUUGACUCA